AUGGAGAUUUCAACUCUACAAACCGGAACGGCUCCAUCUCCUGAAAAAUACAAACACACAAAAUUUAAAGGUAGAAGAGUGAAAUACAAUGCAAAGCUCAUUAUUUACGACAAAGAGGUCAUUAGGUUUGAAAAUACAAUGAUCGUUGCCGACAAACUACUUUACAUCCAAAAUCAAUUUAAUUCUGUAUUUGUAACAGAUGACAUGAGAAAUUUUCAAUUUCUAGGAAUGGGAGAAAUAGUAGGCCUUAUAAAUUCAUCUUUGAUCGUUAAGCUUGACAUGUCAUAUUGGGUCUACUGUAAUGGAAUUAGGAUUUCGCUGUUCUUUUACAUGCGCGACGAGAAGAUAUGCUAUAGCCAUAAGAAAAACGAGAAUUGCCCAGAAUUAUAUACAAACUGCACAAUUUAUGAAAACUUUCUCGUGGUAAUGGCAGGAAAUAGCGCUUUAUUCAUUAACUUUCGUGAUUCAAACGAUGUACAGUGUAAGUUUUCGGGGCCAAUUUCGAAGUGCUACGGCCUUAGAUUCAGAAAAUUAAAGUUUUUUGUAUUUGAAUAUAUGAAACAUGAAUUGCAGCAUGCAGCACUAUUUUACCACAGCGAAUUGCUAUCCUCUGACGUUGUUAUCAAGGAGACCGAUUCCGACGAGCCUACAAUUAUGUACAAUAUAAAGACAAGCAGAUACGAAGUUAGAUCUGCACAGAUGUGGCCUGAACAUGAAAGAGACGGAAGCAACAAUGGCAAAAUUGAAUUUGCAAAUACACAAGAUGCCAUAUACUAUAAAGAUGAACUUACAUCUGAGCCAGACAACUUUAAAAACCAAAGAUCAGGCUUGGUUUGUCAAAUUGAAAAUAAGAAAACCCCCGAUUUCAGAGCAAAGUUUCAAAUUUCUCCAACAGAAUAUCGGGCGUUUAAUUUGUCUCCUAUCAGAAACAAGAUUGAUUUUUUAAAAUCAAUAUUUUCAGGUGCAAAGUUUGAUAUCAUUACUGAUGUAUUGGACAGGUUGAUCCACUCUUCAAAGAGCAUAACAUCACUUAUAGUUGACAGCGGCAAUAAUGCAUUCAAGAACUUGGCUGAGCAGUCUAAACGUUCGUCAUUCUAUGAAAAACCUGAUUUGUCAGUUCUAAGGCAAAUGCCUAAGUUUAAAUUCAGAGGUGCAAUGUCAAGUAGAGAAAUACAGUUUAUAAACAGACACUACCAUAGAAUCUUUCAAUACAACCCUCAAAUUACCAAUAGUAAGAAUCUCGCGUAUAGAAUUAUCAAAAUGGAGAGGGACUAUAUUAAGGACUUGAAUGUUGAACGUCUAUUUAAGGAUAUUGUCGUAUACAACCAAAGUUUCCUGAAGCUGGUAAAUGCUCGUUAUGAAGAUCCAAGAAUUGAAGAGGUUCUUCAAAUUUUACUGGAAAAUUCAAUAUCUCUUCAGCAGGAUAUUUCAGACGUCAACAACUUCAGACAAUCCACGUUUCUUCUAAGAUGCUCGUGCAAUAUUGGGCCAUACUUUGCCAAUCACAAAUCAUUGUAUUACAAGUCUGUCUAUAAAUCUUCGCUCAAGCUCAAUUCAUUGCCUCUUGAUGAUAAAUUGCCAAAGGAGUUGGGAUUUCUAAGCUCUGCCUGUCUAUUUUCAUAUUUCAAACAACCAGCAUUUCAGAACAUCUAUGAGCAGCUUGGCCAUGCCUUCGGACAAAGCCUGGCCAGCGGGCUUUCACAAGAUAGUCUACAACAGUAUUUGAAGCUGGCGCAGACUGCAAAUGAUUCAGUGCUUGUGUUUAUCUAUCUUGUAUUAUCUACAUAUCCAGUCCGGUCUGACCUUGGGAAGAACCACGGCAUUAACACAAUGAUGAAAUCGGCUUUGGAGGGGAGUGUUUUGGAUCUAAAAAAAUCCUCUAUGUGUGCAUUAGCAAUAUAUAACUUGGAAAGCCAUGAUAGAAACAUUCUGUAUGUUCUUAAAAAUGAGAUUGAAAGAUACGGACCGGUAAAAUCAGAUAGACACACCUUGUUUUAUACCAGUGAGUAUCGAAAGCUGGCUGCUAUUUGCACAGCAAUGGUUGCAAAGCAUCCUUUAAUUGCCAGUUUUAAUGAUAGCUUUUGUGAGUUGGUAGUUACUGGACUAUCAUCAGUUAAUUCGGGUAUCAAUUCAACUGUUUUCAGUAGAUCAGAUGAUGGUAGACCGGAUGAAAUUUUUUAUUCUACGCUUUUCCAGCUAACAUGUGAUUUCUCUGCAGCACCUAAGUCUCUGAUGAACGAUAUGAAUAUCUUGCCAUGCCAGGCCCAGCCAACUCAGAUUUAUAAGGUCGCAGCUAGAAUUUUUUACAUUUCAUUGUAUUAUCUUAACUCAAAUGUAGCCCCUGAGGAGCAUGUGUAUGACAAAAUAUAUGAUUUUACACUAUUUGUAGAGGAUUAUGUGCUGGAAAACCAAGAUAUUCAGAUUUUAUUUAACUUUUCACUAGUUGCGCUGUCAAUAAUGAAAUGUGGCACAUGCGAUAUCGGAUUAUGCAGAAUUCUAAGAAGACAGAUAUUAAAGACCAAGGAGGUCAAGCACAUGAAAGAAUGCACCCUGUUCGAUUUUAAAAAGAAGGACAUGGUAUCGUUUAAGGGAUAUGACUUUGAAAGUAUGCAGUUUUACAAAAUUUGUCUUGGCCUAGUAUGUAUGAAUUUUGGAAUGUCAAGGCUUAAAAGAAAUGCAGUCAAGCAGCUAAUAAUCACGUUUUUCAUUACAAAUGCUUGCACUUUAGACUUUAAUUUCAUUGAUGUUCUUCGUAUGCUGCUUGUUAAGUAUUUGGAAGAUGAUCAAAAUGAAAUUGAAACUUUCAAAUCAACCGCCAAGAAAUUAGACUUGAAGUCGAGAAGGAAGAAAUGCAUGAAAUUCUUUGAAACAAGCUUCUCCAAAAUGACAGACGUUGAUAAAAAGUUUGUUAUUGAUGUUAUUUCAGACUAUUAUGAAAACAUUCAUUUUCCAGCCAAUACGGAGUCAAUAUUUGAUAUGAAACUGCUGGCCAAGAUCCUUUCCAUUACAAAAUAA